CCCUGGCCUAAAAGUAAACCUGUUAGGGGCAGGUCUAGAGGAAGAGGUAGGCCUAUAGGAAAAAAAGCUAUUUCACAACCAUCUAAGCCUACUAAAAGGUCCAAAACUCAAACUAGUAACGAUACAGCUCCACCAAAAAAGAAGAAAAAGGAGGGUUGGCAGUGGACCAGUACCAUAGAAAGUAAUAUAAUAAAUAAAAUCCCUUUUACUGGUUGUCCUGGUGUUAGAGCAAGUUUGGCUAGAAGUUUAGGCUCAGCUCCCUCUGAAUUAGAUGUUUUCAAUGCGUUUCUUGAUAAUGACUUUUGGCAACAUGUUGCAACAGAGACUAAUAAUUAUGCCAAAGAAACAAUUAAGAAAAAGAACGAAGCAGGCGGGGUAGGAAAAACUAUAUACUCAGAAUGGUUUGACACAACUGCAGAUGAGAUGGCUUGUUUUUAUACACUUUGUGUCCUUAUGUCGCUAGUAAAAAAAAGAACUAUACAAUCAUACUGGUCGCCUAAUGCUGUAACUGAGACCCCUUUUUUUCGUAAAGUGAUGCCAUUCCGCCGUUUUUUGCUACUGUCCACAUUUUUCCACCUUACAGACAAUAAUAGGAAACCUGUGAAUGAUAAACUGUGGAAGUUAAGGUACGUUAUUGAGUACAUGAACAGGAAGUUUUCCCAUCUGUACAUACCUGAUGAAAACAUAGCUGUCGAUGAGAGUCUUAUGAAGUUCCGAGGGAGGUUGGGCUAUGUCCAAUUUAAUCCCAAGAAGAGAGCCAGAUUUGGCAUAAAGUUUUACAAGUGUUGUGAAUCUGGAAGUGGUUAUUGUUCUAAAUUUAAGAUCUAUACUGGAGCUGAAGUCAAAGAAAAUGUACCGGUUGAAGAAGGAAGUGGGGAUUCUACACAGGAGGAAAAGCUGUUAACGAGUGAGGCGAUAGUCGUUGAAAUGACAAAAGAUUUGGCAGGAAAAGGACAUACUCUGACAAUUGAUAAUUGGUACUCCUCACCUCUUCUCUUCUAUAGACUUAAGCAAAUAGGUUUCAAUGUAAUUGGAACAGCUAACUGGUGGAGAUCAAACAUGCCAGAGAGCUUCAAAGAGGGUAAACUUAAGUUGGGCGACUACGAGACAGCCUAUAGCCACGAUAUGUUAGCAGUAAGGUGGCAGGACAAGAAGCAAGUUUGCAUUUUGUCUACCUUUCAUCAAAAAGCUGACAAAAGAUCAACUGGCAAGAAAGACAGAGUUACCCAAGAAAUUAUAACAAAGCCAGAACCAGUGAUCUACUAUAAUCGUUCAAUGGGUGGAAUUGACCGCGAGGAUCAGCAAUUAGCGUCGUUUCCUAGUAUGAGGAGGUAUGCUAAGGGAUACAAGAAGAUCUUCUUUUACAUAAUGGACAUUGGCCUUUUUAACUCUUAUGUAGUGUUCAAAAAAUUAACCAGAAAAAAAUUGGGGUUUAGUGAGUUCAAGGAGAGGUUUGUCAAGCAAAUGUUUGAGUCGCGACAACUGCCACCGUACAAUCGAAGAGGACGAUCAUCCAACUCAGAAACACCUCUGAGGCUCCAGGCAGCAACUUGGGGACAUUUUCCUAGGCCUAUUCCUCCAAAUGAAGUCAAACAAACACCUUCAAGAAGAUGUAAGGUGUGUAGUGCCCAGGGAAAGCGCAGUGACAGCCGAUGGGAGUGUGAGCUCUGCCUUGUCGCACUUCACAUGCCAGAGUGUUUCAAGGCAUACCACACCAAAAUGAACUUUGCUUGACAUUUGGUGAGUUUUUAUAAGUGUCAUACAGUAUUAUAGACUAGUUCCAAAACAUAUAUGAGCCCUAUGUAGCUAAAAAUUACCAAUAAAAAAGUUUUUUUUAAUUUUUUAAUUUUUUUAUUUUAUUUUUAUAUGGUAUAAUAAAAAAUUAUAGUUAUAUUUUUUUGGGAAAUAUUUAUAUAUUUUGAAUCUACAUUUAAUUUUGAAUAAGAAAAUAAUAAUAUCUUGCAUAUAAAUAGUAAAUGUUGCCUGAAAAAAAAUUAAAUCAGAAAUGAAUGAAACUAGCCACAACAAAUUCGUUUGUUUUGGCCUAG